AUGACUGUUCCCAACGAGGUUCUCUCUUCAUUUACAACAGCCCUCCAGCAACUGCAACGCGUCUUCGACACAAUGACACGAGAGAUGACCGCGUUCACUACAUCGCUCAACAACACCUCUGAGGACGUGGCAUCUUUUCGAAAUGAAAUCUCAGAAAUGAAAAGCCAGCUGAAAGAGCUAGAUUUUUGUAAAUCUGAAGUAAAAAAUCUUCGCACUGAAGUGGUCGAGCUGCGCCAAGAAAUAGAAUACAAGGAACAGCGCCAUCUACUGAAGGAUGUCGAAAUUUUAGGUCUAACAGAACACAAUAGCGAAAACUUACAACAAGUAAUUCACACAAUGUGCGCCAAGUUGGGUGUCGAACUGGACCCUCGUGACGUGGAUGACGUGCGGCGCGUGGGCCUUCGCGGCGGUGGCGUGGGCAGCGUCGAGCGGCCACGACCCGUUGUGCUGACGCUGACGCGGCGCGCCCCGCGUGACCAGAUCCUGCGCGCCGCCAGAGUACGCCGCGGGCUCACCACUGAUAUGCUGGAAGUUCCGGGAAGCUCUCGUCGCGUGUACAUAAACGAACACCUCACAAAGGCUAACAGGGUUCUUUUCAGUAAAGCCCGAGCCGCAGGAGCUCAACUAAACUUUAAAUUCACUUGGACCUCAAACGGUACCAUUUAUAUGCGUCGCUCCGAAAUUAGCUCAAUAGUACGAAUUUCAUCGGAAGCAGUGUUGGAAAAACUAUACAAGGGACCUGCAUCUAAUAGUCAACACGCGCCGUUUCAAGGGCUGCCUAAUUGA